CGAGAAACUAUUACGGCUCUACCUUCAACUCAAACUAUCACCGCAACUUUAACAACUACCGAUACUGAAACCCAAAAUAUUACUCUGCCAGUCGAGACUAUAACUCACCAAAAAACUACUACCUUGACCGAAACUUUGCCGGCAGAAACAGCGACAAAAUACGAGACCCUAACUGAUACUCUGACCAACACCGAAACUCAUUAUCAGAACCUAACUGAAACGGAAACCACUACCCAAAAAAUCACCCAAACUAAAACCUUAACUCCGCCAACCAUUACGAGUGUAGAGACUGUAAGCAAUACGGAGACCGAAACUGCCACUAAGACUGAAACCAAAACUGUCGCUCCAACUAAUUUGCCCCUAGACUGGAAAA